CCAUCUCCGAGCUCAAGAGCCAGCUGGGCAGAAUCAGGGAACGAGGCACGGGGGGGGGAGAGGGGCCUGUCAACCCCAUCCACCGACCCGAGACAUGGACAACGAGUCACAGUACUCGGGCUACUCCUACAAGUCGUCCCACUCCCGCAGUUCCCGCAAGCACAGGGAUCGGCGGGACAGACAUCGCUCCAAGAGCAGAGACGGCAGCAGCCGUGGGGACAAGUCUGUCACCAUCCAGGCCCCUGGGGAGUCACUAUUAGACGCAGAGUCGACCCGCGGCGAUGACCGGGAUGACAACUGGGGCGAGACCACCACUGUGGUCACAGGCACAUCAGAACACAGCGUGUCCAACGAGGACCUGACGCGUGUCUCCAAGGAGCUGGAGGAAUCGUCCCCCCUGGAAUGCAAGCGCUUCCUGGGGCCUGUGCUGGGUGGCUGCCUAGGCCUGUUCGCUCUGAUCACCCCCCUGGCCUUCCUGGUCCUCCCCCAGCUGCUGUGGCGUGAGGCCCUGGAGCCCUGCGGCACGCCCUGCGAGGGUCUCUACGUCUCCCUGGCCUUCAAGCUCCUGGUGCUCCUCAUCUCCUCCUGGGCGCUGUUCCUGCGCCCGCCACGCGCCACCCUGCCCCGCUUCUUUGUCUUCCGCUGCCUGCUCAUGGUGCUGGUGUUCCUGUUCGUGGCGUCCUACUGGCUGUUCUACGGCGUGCGCGUGCUGGAGCCACGGGAGAAGGACUACAGAGGCAUCGUGGAGUAUGCUGCGUCGCUGGUGGACGCGCUGCUCUUCAUCCAGUACCUGGCCCUGGUGCUGCUGGAGGUCAGACACCUGCAGCCUGCCUUCUGCCUCAAGGUGGUGCGCGCCACAGACGGGGCUAGUCGCUUCUACAACGUCGGACACCUCAGUAUCCAGAGGGCAGCAGUGUGGGUGCUGGAUCAGUACUACAGGGACUUCCCAGUCUACAACCCUGCCCUGCUCAACCUGCCCAAGUCCAUCCUCUCCAAGAAGAUGUCUGGUUUCAAAGUCUACUCACUGGACGAGAACAGCACCAAUAACUCCACCAGUCAGUCCCGGGCCAUGAUCGCUGCUGCGGCCCGCAGGAGAGACAACUCCCACAACGAGUACUACUACGAGGAGGCCGAGAUGGACCGCAGGUGCCGCAAGCGCAAGGCCAGGUUGGUAGUGGCGGUGGAAGAGGCCUUCACCCACAUCAAGCGUCUCCAUGAUGAUGACCCCGCAGGCUCGUCCCACAAACACCCCCGUGAGGUGAUGGACCCCCGGGAGGCGGCUCAGGCCAUCUUCGCCCCCAUGGCGCGGGCCAUGCAGAAGUACCUGAGGACCACGCGCCAGCAGCCCUAUCACAGCAUGGAGAGCAUCCUCACGCACCUGCAGUUCUGUAUCACCCACAACAUGACCCCCAAGGCAUUCCUGGAGCGUUAUGUGAGCCCAGGCCCUACCAUGCAGUACCAGCGUGAGAAUGGCAGGGGGCGCCAGUGGACUCUAGUGAGCGAGGAGCCGGUAACCUCUGCCCUGCGUCAGGGUCUGGUCUUCUCCCUGCGCCGCCUCGACUUCUCCCUUGUCGUCACGGUGCAGCCCCUCCCCUUCCUGCGUAUCGGUGAGGAGUUUAUCGACCCCAAGAGCCACAAGUUUGUGAUGAGGCUGCAGUCGGAGACCUCUGUGUGAAGGGGGGGUCAAUGGAGGCCCCUGAUCCUACUGGGAUACGCAGGGUGCUAGAUCAUCAUGUACUCUCCUAUUGAACCAUUGUCAUGGAUGUUAACAGAAUGGGAGGAAGUUACGAUCUUCCAAAGACAGAAAAUGGAUGCCUUGACCAUGUUUUAUGACACUGUAAAAUUCCCUUAAGGUGUUUCUUGUCUGUAGGCCAACUGUCUCCAUCAGUUUGCAAAGGAACUACAUUCCUGAGCUUGUUGUAACUGAGAGACUGUGUGUUGUAGAGUCUUAUUCCAUGUAUAUGUGGUAUCAUUUAAUUGUACACUGGCCUUUUUUACACAAAAGUUAUCAUGAUUUGAUAACAUUGAGUGAGUAAAUCAUUCCUGCCUUGGGACAGCAUUCUUACAAUGUUUCUCAGACUGACUUUCCUGCAUAACCUUUUGUUCCAUGAAGCUGUUUUGAAUGGACUUGCCUUGUCUUUUUCCUGUGUCCACUGUCCUCCACCCAUCUCACUCUGACCAGGGACAUGUGAUUGUAUCCUCACUGCAAGUUGUCUGCAGUCAUAGCAAAUCACCAGAUUGUGCCACAUUUGUAAAACAUUCAAACAAGCACAGUAACAGCCUUACCCAUGUGUGAACUAUGAAAUGCUGGCCGGUGAUCUCUGGCAAAGAACCACUUCUCUGACCACUAAACCUCUCGGUUCGAACCCAGAUGUACUGUAAACUGGCAGCCUAAUGUUGCUACUUAGACAACAGUUUGGUGCAGUUCAUCUUCUGAGCCACAAUAUGACUGCCAAUCAUUUCUAUUCAAGCAGUUAGAACUCUAAUACCGUACAUUUCUGUGAGAACAACCAAUGAAAGUUCACAACUGGUUUGACAUAAUUGAUGAUAACAUCAACGCUAAUGAUUGUCGUUCCGUUUUUUUUAUGCAUGCUAGAAUUGUGGGUUUAAAUACAUUUUAUAUGAGGUUGUUUUUGUUUUCUAUAUAUUUUUUAUUAAGUUAUAAUUCAAUUUAAAAAAAAAUGUUUUUACUUUUGGAAAAGAGGUGGUGUGUACAAAGAUUUGAAUGUUUCUUUAUUGAUAAUAGUAGCUUGUAUAGUGUGCUCCAUGUUUUUACUCCUGUUCUCCCUGUCUCUGCUUUUCUCACAUACACAAAGUUGUGAUUGUAUGAAGCCCUGUCUUUCAUUCUCUGGUCCUGUUAAGAAAAACAAUACUGUAAGCCUGCUGACGAGAAUAUGAUUAAAGACGUAAUGGAAUCUGAAUUUUAAUUCAGAGAGAUGUC